GCGAUAGCCGCGCUCGGCGCUCUCCGGCCGCCGCCGCCCCCCACCAUGGGCAACGUCCUGGCUGCUGGUUCCCCUCCCCCCCCACCCACCGCGCCCCCCCCCCUCCUCCCGGUCCCCCCCGGUUUUGGGGGACCCCCCCCCGUCAGCGGCUUGGGGCCCCCCCCCCGCCCCACGGAACCUGGGGGGGACCCCCUGCCCAACCCCGGUGCCUUCGAGGAAUGCCACCGCCGCUGCAAAGAGCUCUUUCCCGUCCAAAUGGAGGGCGUCAAGCUGACGGUGAACAAGGGGCUCAGCAACCACUUCCAGGUGAACCACACGGUCGCUCUCAGCACCCUUGGGGAGUCCAACUAUCAUUUUGGGGCGACUUACGUGGGUACCAAGCAGCUUAGCCCCACGGAGGCGUUCCCGGUGCUGGUGGGGGACAUGGAUAACAGCGGCAGCCUCAACGCCCAGGUCAUCCAUCAGCUGACGUCGCGGCUCCGCUCCAAAGUGGCCUUCCAGACGCAGCAGGCCAAGUUCGUCAACUGGCAGGUGGACGGGGAAUAUCGGGGGGCUGAUUUCACGGCCGCCGUCACCUUGGGGAACCCCGAUAUCUUGGUGGGGUCAGGGAUCCUGGUCGCCCACUAUCUCCAGAGCAUCACCCCGACCUUGGCCUUGGGGGGGGAACUGGUCUACCACCGCCGCCCCGGGGAGGAAGGCACCGUCAUCUCCCUCGCCGGCCGCUACACAGCACCCAACUGGAUCGGCACCUUGACCUUGGGUCAAGCGGGCGCUCACGCCACUUAUUACCACCGAGCUAACGAGCAGUUGCAGGUGGGGGUGGAAUUCGAAGCCAGCACCCGGUUGCAGGACACCAGCGUCGCCUUCGGGUACCAGUUGGAGCUGCCCAAGGGCAACCUGCUUUUUAGGGGCUCGGUGGACAGCAGCUGGACGGUGGGGGCGGUGCUGGAGAAGAAGCUGCCGCCGCUGCCCCUGACGCUGGCGCUGGGGGCCUUCCUCAACCACCGCAAGAACAAGUUCCACUGCGGCUUCGGCCUCACCAUCGGCUAGAGCCUCCUCAUCCUCCUCACCUUCGGCCUCCUCACCGGCGUCCUCCUCUUCCUUCUCCUCCUCUUCACCUUCAGCCUCCUCCCCUUCCUCAUCCUCUUCCUCCUCUUCAUCCUCAUCCUCCUCACCUUCAUCCUCCUCCAUCCCUUCGUCCUCCUCUUCACCCUCCUUCAUCUUCCUCCUUCCUUCCAUCUUCCUCCUCACCUUCAUCCUCCUCCUCACCUUCAUAAGCCUCUUCCUUUCCUUCCUCCUCCUCACCUUCCUCCUCUUCCUUCCUCCUUGCCUUCCUCCUCCUCCCCUCCAUCUUCCUCCUGACCUUCUUCCUCCUCCUCCUCUUCCUCCUUUCUUCCUCCUCCCUCUCUUCUUCCUCCCCACCUUCCUCCUCUUCCUCCUUCCUUCCUCCUCCCUCUUCUUCCUUUCUCCUUCCUCCUCCUCACCUUCCUCUUCCUUUCUUCCUCCUCCCUACUUCUUCCUCCUCUUCCUCCUUCUUCCCCUCUGCUUCCUCCUCCCCUUCCUCCUUUCUUCCUCCUCCCUCCUUCCUCCUCGCUUUCCUCCUCCUCUUCCUUCUCCUCCCCCUCUUCUUCCUCUUCCUCCUUUCUUCUUUCUCCUCUUCCUCCCCCAACACCCCACAGCUGCCGGCGGCCACCGUGUCCCCCCCCAUCACAGGGGGCUCCCCCAAAGGCCACUUUUGGGGGGGCCCCCCCCACCUUAACCCCCCCCCCGGGGGGGGGAGGAAGAAGAGGAGGGGGGGGGCCCCCCAAUUCCUGACCCCCCCAGACAGAGACUGGCUCAAUUUUGGGGUUCGGGGGGGCCCCCAAAAUGUACCGAGGAGAUCUGCCCCCCAAAAAAGUUUUGGGGGGCCCCCCCAGCCCCCCCACAUCGCGGCGCGGGGCUUGAAAUGCUCCAAAUAAAGCAACUGGCCUCGUUUUUUUUUU